GCGCACGCGGCAGACGUGGAGAUCGGCAGGCUCGAGGGGUUCCACAUGCAGGGCCCUGGCGGCGGCAGCAGCGGCAGCGCCUCGCCAGCCAGCGCCGGGUUCGGCGAGGCGUCGCUCGGCGGGCUCGCGGAGGCGCGGGCGGAGGAGUCGCGGCUGGCCUUGCAG